AUGGGCGACAAGCUGGGGAAAGAGCUCGAUGCCUUUAUAUCUUUCUUCGGCACAUUCAAGCUCAACCACCCGGUAGCGGCAGCUGCCGACCUGAGCGAUGGCUCCGUCCUCUACGAGAUCCUCUCUACCAUAGAUGCCGAAUACUUUCGUGCACCGACCCGCCCCUCGGCUCAGGCGACCGACAACUGGGUCCUCCAAUUCAGUACCCUCAAGCGCAUCUACCGUCUACUAACUCAGUACUUCGCCGAGGUCCUCAUGCAGCCCACCAGUGGGCUCGAAGUCCCUGAUCUGCAGGCUAUGGCCAAGGACCAUGAUAUUGAGGCCACGCUGGGCUUGUGUAGGCUUACGCUCGCGAUUGCGGUGCAGUGUGAGAGGAAUAAGGAGUUCAUUGGAAAGAUUCAGGCGUUGAGUGAGGGUGAUCAACAUUAUCUUAUGAGGGCUAUCGAGCAGGUCAUGAACAAAGUCAAGUCCGAAGACCGCGGUCUGACAUCCGACAUGGACGAAGAUGACCGCUUCUACCAACUCCAAUCCGAACGCAACCGCGUCUUCACCGAGAAGGACACCCUUCAGAAAGUCUACGAAUCCCUUCUCGAAGAACACCGCGGCUUACAGACCUCAUACGAUGAUAUGACCGCGGAGAAGGACGAGGCUGUGGCGCGGGCGCAGAGGGCGGAGAAAGAGGCCGACUUCAGGAGGAAUGACAAGAGUGAUACGUUGAUGAGGGCCGAGAUCGAUAGGCUGCGUGGGGAACUACAGAAGAGCGAGGAGAAUCUGGCGUUGACCGAGACGGAGCUCGAUAAGCAGACUGGUCUGGUUGCCGACCUCACCAGGCGCGUGGACGAGCUUCAGGUCGCUGCGGACGAAGCUGUCAAGUUAAAGGACCAGAUGGACGAGUAUCGUCAUGCCGCCGACCGACUCGCAAAGACGGAGAACGUCAUGGAGAAGUACAAGAAGAAACUCCAAGAAGGCUCCGAACUACGCCAAACCGUCAAGUCACUAGAGAAGCAGAACGCCGACCUCGUAGACAAAAACGCCUCGCUCGAAGAAGAAUACCGCAAAGUAUCCGCCUUCAAACCCCUCAUGGAGUCCUACAAAUCCCAGAUCUCCGACCUCGAGACCAAGCUCGCGACGCGCGCCAAGGAUCUCGAUACCGCGCGUUUCGAACUCGACCAGACGCGUACGAAGCUGCGCAUUACGGAAGAGGAGAGGGCGAAAGACUCGGAGGCGUUAGAGCUGUAUCAGGAGAGGGUUAGAGAGUUGGAGUUGGUUAGCGCGCGUCCGCCUACUACGACGCCGAAGACGCCUAUCACACCUUCUGCGCCGAACACACUGGCGCCUGGCGGCAGCACUGGCGAACCCGUUAGCCCGAGCAUCGACGAUACGCUCGUGGACAAGAGUUUCGGCGAGGAGCUGGACAACGCGUUGCAUGGGACGACGAUGACGGAUCUGAAGUUGCAAGUGCGCGCGUUGCAACGGCAGCUGGCGGAUACGAAGGCCAACUCAAGCGAGGCGUCGCGCGUGUUGGUGCUUGAGAACUUGCUGGAGGACGCGAGCAGGGCGAAGGCGCGAUACGAGCAAGACUACCUGACCGCGCAUCGUGAGAAACUCGUCAUGUCUGCUCAGCUCGAGGAGAUCCGCGCGGGCAAGUCUCUGGGCGACGGACCGGAGGCUGCAAUCGCGCUUCGGCAGCGCUUGAACGAGACAGUCGACGAGCUCGACGACGUGAAGCGCAAGCAUACCGAGCUAGAGGUCCAAUACGAGGGAUUACAGAAGGAGCUAACAAUCGCCAAAUCCGAUCUAAACCUCGUGAACAAAGACCAACUCGACAUACUCGCCUCCCUCCGCGAAUCCGUAAACGAGGACAAGCUCGCGCUCGAAUCCGAAGUCACGUCCCUCACCAACCGCAUCAAAGAGCUCGAAGAGCGUAACCGGCUUCAGCUCGAGCAGAUCAACGGGUUGUUGUUGGAGAAGGUCAACCUCCAGAGCGACUCGAUCGGGCAGCGGGAGAGGAUGUUGCAGCGCGAGAGGGAUCUGGGCGAUUUGAGGGCUAGUAUGAAUGGGGUGCCGGUGCCGGAGGAUGUUAAGCAGAGGGUGUUGAGUCUGCAUGAGGAUAAUGUAUUGUUGAGGGAGCAGACGAAGACGUUGCAGGAGAAGCUGAUGAAGGCGCGCGCGUUCAUCAAGGAUCAGGACAAGUUGUUCAAGGAGGAGCACGCCAAGACUGCUGCCCUGGGUGGCGGUGGGUUCGGCGACGGCAGUGGCGACAGCAGCGGCCAAGUCGGCAUCCUAAAUGAAGAACUUGAUCGCGCUAAGCGCUCGAUUCUCGAGAUCAAGAAGCGAUAUGCGAAAGAGCAGGAGCUUAUGCUUAGCGCUUUGCAUACGCUCUCUAUGGCGAGCCAGCGAGAACAACUUGGUCAGGGCGCAAACCGCGGCAUACCCACCAGCUGGCUGGCGCAGCAACGUCGGAACCUCGGUCCAUCCUUACGACGCUGA